UUCCCGAAGUGUGGUGGUGGUGUUGCUUUGCCUUGUGGCUCCUUGCGGCGUUGGCGUAGCGGCCGCAGUUGGCGUAGCGCUAGCAGAGGCGGCUGUGGCGGGGAGCAGCGGUGCCUGUGGCGGACGUGCGAGGAGAGGGCGGGAGGUGCAAGCGGGACCGGGCAGGGACCGGGCCGGCACCGGGCCGCAGGUCGGUGGAGAGGUCUGGGAAAUGAGCUGAGACCUCCCUCAGGCUGACCCAAAGACCUGUAACAAGGAGUUGCACAAGAGGAGGGGAUAGAAGCUGAAAGCUCUCUGAAUGUGCUGCCUGCAGACUUAAGGCUUCUUUGGAGACUCAAGAUGACUUCCCAGGAGAGAUGCUUUCUGGAGGGGUUGUGCUGAAGACGAGCACUGCAGCCUCUAACUGGGACAGCUCCUGCUGGUCUGGAGCUGAGACCGGCUUCUUUCCUUCCCUUUUCCCUUGGAGAUGUUGCAGAGAUUUAAUCUGACCUCUUCCUCCACACCUGAAGCCUGCCGUGGCGAUGAUCCCACAGCCAGAUCCGACCACCAAAGAGAAGAGAAUUGUGCGUUUGAAGCUGGACCGUCGUUGUAACUGAACUGGAGUUUACUCCUUGCUUGUGCUCCUGGAACGAGUGCCGUUCCUCUGCUUGUCUGUGUGUGUCUUGAGCUGCUCCUUCCUGAUCUUGUUUGGAAUUCCUGGGCUUUCCACACUGAAUUUGCCCAUGGCUUUCCUGAUGAAGAAGAAGAAAUUCAAGUUUCAGACAAGUUUCACUCUAGAAGAGCUGACUGCUGUCCCCUUUGUGAAUGGGGUUCUGUUCUGCAAAAUCAGGCUGCUAGAUGGGGGAGACUUUGCUAGCUUAUCUACCAGAGAGGAAGUUCAGGAAAACUGUGUCCGCUGGAAAAAGAAAUUCACCUUUGUGUGUAAAAUGAGUGCCAACCCAGCCACGGGACUCCUGGACCCCUGCAUCUGCCGAGUAUCUGUCCGUAAGGAGCUGAAGGGCGGAAAAACCUACUCAAAGCUGGGCUUUGCUGAUCUAAAUCUGGCAGAAUUCGCGGGCUCUGGAUCCACUGUCCGUUGCUGCUUGCUGGAAGGGUAUGAUACUAAGAACACCCGACAGGACAACUCCAUCCUGAAGGUCACGAUUGGAAUGUCCCUGCUCUCGGGGGACCCCUGCUUCAAAACGCCUCCUUCCACUGCCAAAUCCAUCACCAUACCGGGACAGGACUCUACCCUGCAGCUGACCUGUAAGGGCGAGGGAACCAGCAGCAGCAGCAGUUCAGCCACGAUUGGGUCUCUGCGUCAGACCAAGCCAAGAACUGCCAUUCUCAGCUCGGGUGUUCCAGAAGAACCGGAUCAGAACCUGUCCAGCCCGGAGGAAGUCUUCCACUCGGGGCACUCACGGAACUCCAGCUACGCCAGCCAGCAGUCCAAGAUCUCCGGUUACAGCACGGAGCACUCACGUUCUUCUAGUAUGUCUGACUUGACCCAUCGCCGGAAUACCUCCACCAGCAGCAGUGCGUCUGGAGGGCUGAGUAUGACGGUGGAGUGUCCUGAGGGAGAGCGGGACCACAAACUAGAGAAGCCACCUCGCCCCCCCAGACCAGCCCUUCUGCUAGACAGACCCUCCCGGAGGAAAAAAGAUUCAGUGGAGAGUCACCCAACCCGAGUGGAUGACACCAGGAUCGAUGCUGAUGAUAUAGUGGAGAAAAUAAUGCAGAGUCAGGACUUCACAGAUGUCAGUAAUACUGAAGACAGUAACCUGAGGUUGUUUGUGAGCAGAGACGGAACAACUACAUUGAGUGGUAUUCAGCUGGGAAACAGGGUCUCAUCUGGAGUUUACGAGCCAGUGGUGAUUGAAACCCACUAAAUGUGAAGAACAGGGUAGAGCUGCUGGAAACAGGCCCCCUACCCAGUCCGCUGCCACAUGGAUGCCAACCUUUACCUCUCUUCAUGCAGCAUUCCAGAAGGGAUUUCUCCACACCCCUCCCAUACAUUUGCACUGCAGAACUACUCCGAGACCACUCCAGAUCAUGCACUUUCCCUGCGUUUGCAUUACCCUUCUCUGCUUCCCAGUUCUUCCAGUGCCUGCCUUCCCCCUGUUUCUGAUCAGACCCAAGGUGUCUGUUGGGCUUAUCCUUAGUCCUAGAGGAUGUUGUUCAUCUGCAUCCCUCACUCCACCCAUUCACUUGCAACAGGGGACUUCUCAGCUUCUUUCUCCCCAAAACGUUGGGUUAUACCACUGUGAACUCUUCAGACCACUGGGGGAGGGGGAAACUAUUCUAACCAAACCAAGAGCUGCUUGUUGGUGACACGGUGAAAUGGCCACUUGCAGGAUGCUUUAUUCCAUUGACUCUGCAAGGGAGCAUCACCUUCCAAGGCAACGGUUUUACUGAACAAGGUAUGCUAUGGUGUGCACUUCACCUUCCUACCCUCAAAUCCCCAGACACCCUCUUCUUAUGGGAACUGUCUCCCAAAAGUGCAUUUCAGAAAACUACCACAAUCCAGAUGGGAGUUGAUAAAUGGUUAAAUGCUAGUGCUUGUUAUACCACUAACUACAUUAAGCCCUUCCACUGCUGGGCAUGGAAGGGCAGUGUUCAUCUGUUAGCAUUAGCAGGAGCACUUUAGAGGUUCCAGAUUUUUACCCAGAGGAUGCUUCUACUUGCUGUUCCAGGAGCGUAAUCCCUGUUUGCUGGGCUGAUUCAGCAAAUAGUCACUGUUGGAGCUUGGAAUACAAAGCCUCUGGUUUUUUUUCUUUUCAGCUCAGGAAGGGAACUGGCCUUCUUGGACUGUGAGAAGAAUCUGGUUAUCUGAUAGCCCUCCCCUGGGCCAGAGCAGGAUGCAGUUGACUGCAGUGGUCUCUGCGUUGUGGUGGUGAUUAACAUUUGCCUGUCUUGGCCUGGGCCAGUAAGGGAAUUGGUGCUGGUUGGCCUUUCUUGCCCUGUCAGCAGGGAUCGGUGCCUGAGCUGGUUCCUUCUGGGGCUGGGGAGAACCCACUGUCUCUGCCUUCAAAGGUAGAAUGAGUGUUUUCUGCUGCAUUAGCCACAGCAGCUGUUCUUACCUGCUCCAUGGUGAGUGAACUCUUCUGACAAGGCUUCAAACUGUUUUCUGGUUGAUCUUUUAAUUGCUCUUCUUUGGGUUUGGUUUCUGCAGUUGUUUGAUACUUCAGCUGCCUCUUUUCCUUGCAGUGUGUGGCAGAGAUGUCAGUCCCUUUCAGCUCCCACUUAUAGAUUCUCCUGGCAGCUGUAUUGCAAACGAGGAUCUAUGCAGACUCCAGCCGUGGGCUGUCAGCAGGCUGUGCUUGCAGUCCUUCCUGUACAGAGACUCAGCCGAUAAGCUAUUUCUGUGUAGUGCCCUUUCCUCUUUUGCUGGUGUACUGUAGUAGCACUCAAUGGCUGUGCAUUCGGAGCAAUGGCACGCUCCCAGGCAUGGCUGGGGACGUGCCCUCCUCUGACACACGAGUGCGUGCACACUUGCACAGGCACACACUUCUCCCAUUCAGCAAGGAAAGACUUGUAACCGAUCAUGUUGUUGUUCAAAUUCUUAGUUAUUGUAAAGCCUUUUUUUAAAGGAGAAAAAAAAUUUAUUAACUGUGGUCUCUGUGGCCAGAAUGCAUGCAGAUGAGCUACUGGAAAAGGGAAUUUGGCAGAAUGAGAAACAAGGAAUGAAAGGGCCUUGAUCUUUUUAUUUUUCUUUUUUUUUCCUCCUCACCCUGCUAGCUAAGCAUGGCUGCACGGGGAGGAUGCUAGGCUGCGUGGCAAAGCUAUACAGCUGCUUACUCUGUUUUCACGGUUUCUCUCUUUGAGUCAAGAGGUUUCUUUCUGUAUUUGGACAGGCCACAUAUAGGAUAUGGAUCUUUUUCACCCUUCCCUUCAAAGGAGAAUUAAACUUGGAUUAGGGUAAGAAGGAGUACAGACAAGACCUUGGUUUGGUUUAGUGUAGGGAAAAAGUAUUGGAUCUUUUGAGUCUGUCUAGAACAAAAACUCUUUCACACUUGCUGGUGUUUUUUAAUGGUGAUCUCUUCUUCAUUCAGUCUGGGUAGGUUUGGCACUCGCUAGCAGGCUGGUGAGCAUCCUGCCCUGUUCCUGGGAUGAUGCAUGUCUGCAGGAAGGGGAGAACUGCUUGCUUUUCUCUCCCCCUGGGGCUCUGCCAGAAAGCCAGGCCUGGCUGACCCUCUGCUCAGGUCAGGAUGAGGGCAGAAGCAGGCUCAGGCAGCAAUGGGUGUUCCUGCCCUGUCUGCGGAUGGCCGUGCAGAGCCGAGGGUCAGGCUGCUCCCCAGCGCCUGCUGCUGCCCAGGGGCCAGCGAAGCCCCUCACGAAAUUGGGUCUAACCAGGACCUGAAAGGAGGAAAUGCAAGCCAGGAAAGAGGCCAAAACCCAGCUCACUUCUGCUGCUUUGCUUCUGUUCCCAUGAAAAACAAUGGCAGUCACUGUCAGAGCAGUUGGGAACCCAGAGCUUGCUUCUGCUCCCGUUGGCAAGAGUCGGCUGCUCCAAGGAGCUGGCAGCUUGGCGUGUCACGAAAUCCCCAGUGGGAUGGAGGGAGGAAUCUCUUCCCAGUGAAGCACAAGGAGAAGCAGUUGAGCUUUUCAGAAAACUGGUCUCAUAUUCCCAGGCUGGCAGAGGUGUAACCUGCUUUAUCGCAUAGCUGUGGCCAACCUGGGCAUGUCUCUGGCUUCUCUUCCAGCAGCUUGGCACAUCACUGCUUGCGUUUUUGAUAACUGUGUCUCAUAGGGUAUCUCUUCCUUGUCUCCACUUUAUUAUUGACUCCACAGAUCCUGGUCUUUGUGUAGCUUUUUAUCUCUCCUGCCCCUCAUUUUGAAUAAGAAAGCAGCCCUAGUCAUUCAGCCUGGUGCAGCACAGCCAGGGCUGGAGCACCCAGAGCAGACCAGGAGGGAGAAAGGAGCAGUCUGUUCCUGUUUCUAGAUCCCACGCACUGCUCCUGCUGCACGUCCAUCACGAGCGAUGCCCAGCAGUCCCUGGCCAGUGGUGGGCAUAUCAGACAGUAGUGAUGGCAGUGGGGUCGCUUGUCCCACAGCCUUGCUGCCAUCUCUCGGGAAGCUGCGUCUCGCAAGCACUUUUUUCCUUGUGGCACCGCUGCCGCCGGUUCCUUGUUGGACUUUGAACAUUUAAGAAGUGAAUCAGUUUCCAGACCCAAACCGCUGGCUAGUUUCCUUUGGGUUUUUUUUUUUGGUUCUGUUUUGGUUUUGUUCAUGAAGUUUAUUGAAUUCUUUUUUUUUUUUUUUUAUAAACCCAGCAGGCUGGUGUUUUUUUGACUGCAUUAUUGUUUCAUUGAUAUUUUAUUCCUGGGGGGCUGAGGGGGGGUAUGUUCUUCCCCACAUUGUUCCCCUUCUCAGGGGAUUCAGAGGUGGCUUAAACAAGUAAAAGGACCUUAUUGGCAAGACUCUGCAUCCCCUGGGUCUCUGAUGCUGGCAAGCAGGGCUGCUCACGCCUGGCUGACCCUGGAGAGCAGAGCUGGCUCUCUGCUCCCGUCUUGGGGUCAGGUGAAAUGUGUGAGCUCUGCUCUCCCAGUUUCUGGGCCUUUGGUUGGUGGAAGCCUGUUGCAAAGAGUUGGGAAAUUCAAUGUAACUUUCUUACUAACUUUUUUAAAAAAAAACCACAAAACAACAGUAUAAACUGAGUGAAUAUCCAAAAGAAUAGGCUUAGUUGUGACUUGGUGAAGGAGAUGGGUUUUAAUUGGAAAUUGUGGUGGAAAAGGGGGAGAAGGAUGUUGCUCCAUCUUCUUUUGUAUGGUCGGCACUUUAAAUGGGGGCCUUCGUGCUGUCCUGACCGUUGGUGCAAUGGGCAGCAAGCGUGUGAUCUCUCCCCCACCUCAUUGCCACAUCACUUUGCCCCCUGCAGAAAGUUAAUAAGCCCUUUUAAAUGUUUGCUUCAGUUUUUAGUGUUCCGAACCAGGCCAAGACCUGAAGAAUACGUAUUUCAUUCUCAUCUUAAUAGGAGGGGUUGACUUUUUAUUUAUUUUGUCAUUGCUGUUUCUUUUUAAACUGGUGGCUGUGCAGCUGGACUCUGCACGCACUGUUGUGAACCUCUGGGAAAAACUUCACUCCAGGUACGCUAGAGCACCUAGGUUAAACACCCCUCCUGGAGAGGGGCCCCCGCUCCCCUCCUUGCUGCCUUACCUGGGAGCUGCAAAUUCACCCUCCGCCCCUCCUGCCCCGUCCCCUGCCUCCCCACCUAGUCUCUAGCUGAACGAGUACUUGCUCUGGUGGCUGAGCCCUGUGGACAAGGCUGGUCCCCAGGGGCAAGUUCCUACAAACACUGCCUGGUCGCAGGUGUUUGUCCUUGAAAAGCCACUUCCUCACUGUGGGGGGCUGAUUAGCGCAAAAUUCCCCCCCACCCCGCUUCCCUCCCGAGAGCUGUGUCGUCUGUCAGCCCCCCCGCACCAUCCGAGCCUGAUGCCCUCCACAGCUCCGCGUUGCAUCGCCCCUGCCCCGUCGGGAGGGAGCGGACGUGGAAACCUGGGAAAUAAAAAAGGAAUUUGGAUGAAGCUGUGAGCAAGGGGUGUGGCUGAGCCUCAUAACUUGCCUCAAACACAAGGAAUAACGGUAGAGCCCGUAUUUUUGUGGGGGGAGGGAGGGGAAGGGGAGAUCAUGUUUUAUUUUCUUGAAAGUUAAUUGAGCUUGGUGAUCUUCAGAUGAGGCGCGCACUUGAUUUAUAUCAGAUUCUAUAGAGAGAUUGCUGAUAUUUUUGGAAAGGGAAUGGGUCUAUGCAAACUUCCAAAAUUGCUUGAAAGAUAGUUUAACAUUUUUUUACUUUGAAAUCUAAAGAUAAAUCUAACUUUUUUCUUAAAGCAGAAGUGCGUUUAGAAAGAGAAGCUACUUCCACUGCUCUAUUUUGAUGAUGAUUCUUGGAAAGUUUGGGCUGGAAGGAAUGACUAUUUUUCACCAUUUUUAUCUUGCUCCUCUAGUUGUUUUUUUUUUGUUUCUUUUUCUAACGGAAUGCUGUGCCGUCUUUGAUUCAACAGAUCGUGUUUGUAUUUUCUGUAUCUGGUUCCUAACGUAGAGAAAUAACAAAUAUAUGAGGAAAUCAAUAUAAUGUCAAAUGUUGUUAUGGUUUGGGGGGAAAAAUUAAAGGUUUUUGGUACUUCA